AUGUUGUGGCGCAUGCAUAGUUACGUGUGGCGCAGUAUCGGUUCAGUUUUGCUUUACUCUUUUGUUUCGACGCGUCUAUAUGGGGAAAUAGCUAUUUUUGUGUGCGUUUGUUCUUUGGGGUUCUCUCAUUUGCGAGAUUUCCGUGAACGCAGAAAAUGGCUGGGGUUGCCCAUACAUGAGAAAAUGGCUGGCACUUGUGGAGAACCCUUCUCCAUUGUAAGCAACAAAAGUACCCAAACACACACACUAAUCGAUAUGUUAGCAAGAAGAGCAUUAACUGCAGUCCCAAGAAGAAUUGUUUCCGUUAGAGCAUACACCGAAGGUGCUACUGGUGCUACCAGAUCUGACGGUAGUGCUGACUCUUUCACCAAGAGAGAAAAGGCACAAGAGGAUUUCUACAUCAGAAAGCACCAAGCUGAACAAAUUGCUGCUUUGAAGGAACAAUUAGCAAAGCAAAAGUCUCAAUUAGAAGACCUUGAAAAGAACAUCAACAAAUAA